UUCAGUUACUCAUGAUCAUCAUGACAAUUUUUUAUUAUUCUGUAUUGUUGUCAUGAACGUUGCAUUAUUAGCCUCCGCAGAUACGAAUUCCGCGAUGCACUCCAGCAUUCGAAAUCAUCCAUACCCUAGUUAUUUACCCCAGAAAGCGUUGGAUAGUCUACUUCGAGCUCGCGAGCAUAAUUUUUAUGAAAGCUCUGUAGAAUCAUCACUCACGUUAUUGAAUAACAUUGCCAACCCGGAGAUCAUAUCCAGGAUUUCAGAACAAAAAGCGGAAGGUGACGAGCCAACUUGCAACGGGCUAGUUUUAAAAUUAGUCCUUGCUACCAUUGCAGGAGUUCCAUAUGCAAGACAAAUUGACGAUGCGGGUGGCAAAGAAGAGAGUGGACUCUUAAAAGGUAAUUACAUGUGGCUGGGAACUUACUACCAAUGUUCUGGUGCAACAAACGGAAAAGAUAUAACAACAAAAAUGUGCACCUCUAUUUUUGGAGAUAAACCGAAUAGCACAGAGGGAUUGCAACUCGGAGUUUGCUUUCCCGAUAUUUGUACUGUGGAAGAAAUCAAUGUUUUAAUGCAAGCUCUGAUCGAUCCAAACAUGACAACAACUUACAUGAAUUCGCGCUGCCCAAAACCUAUAGUUUUUGAUGCAGUUGACAUUACAGCCAUCGUUAUCUUUUCAUUACUCGGAGUCUUUGUAUUGUUUGGUACAAUAUACGAAGUAUAUUGCAUAUUAAAAAGAAAGACAAAUGAAAACACACAUCGUGAACGUGAAAAUUUCAAACAAAAAUCGGCUUUGUCGUCGCUUGCAAUGUCGUUUUCAGUCGUCAAGAAUACAAACACUCUACUUGAUCUUACUCAGAAGGAAGGAAACAUACAUGUACUUAAUGGUUUACGCUUUCUCAGCAUGUCUUGGGUGAUACUGGGUCAUACCUUUAACUUUAUUCUUGGAGUAUCAGAUAAUAUGGUUGAUUUUGCGGACUGGGCUCUAAACCAUGGAACAUUUCAGGUCAUUAUCAACGGCGUUUUAUCAGUGGACACCUUCUUUUUUCUAAGUGGUUUAUUAGUGACUUAUCUUGGCAUGCGAGAAAUGACUAAACGGCGUGGAAAACUGAACGUACCUUUGAUGUACUUGAGUCGAUAUUUGAGGCUCACACCAACAGUGGCACUAAUCAUACUUUUCAUGGUUACUUUUGUGCCUAUGAUUGUGGAAGGACCUUUAGAACCAAUAUCCGUUGAACCAGUGGUAGGUUUGUGCCAAAAAUACUGGUGGACAAAUCUUCUGUACAUCAACAACUUGUAUCCAGCAGACUUAGGAAGAGAGUGCAUCGGUUGGACUUGGUACCUUGCGAAUGACAUGCAGUUUUAUCUACUGUCGCCUAUAUUUCUUUAUUUACUCUAUAAAUAUCCCAAAGUCGGACUUGGGGUAAUGGGCGGAGUUGUUUUAGCCAGUAGCGCAAUUGUAGGGGCCUUGUCAACGCACUUCAAUUUAUAUCCAGACUCUUUGUUUUAUGGAUAUUUAUUCAAGUUAUUAUUAAUGUCCACAACAGGCUAUGAAACUAGAACUGAUCCUCCACCCGAAGGUAUGAUAUACUUUGACGACAUUUACACCAAGCCUUGGUGUCGCAUCGGAGUUUAUAUGAUUGGAAUGGCAACCGGAUAUAUCAUAUUUGUUACAAAAGGAAAAAUUAAGAUGAAUGAAUGGUUCGUAACUCUUAUGUGGAUGGCAGUAGCGGCGAUAGAGCUCACAGUAAUUUAUGGAUGGACAGGAACUGUUAUGUACUCAGAUAUUGGAGAAUAUCCAUCUCAGAACUUGGCAUCAUUUUAUAACGCCGUGUUCAGACCAAUUUGGGCAUUCGGGCUUUCGUGGUUAACAAUUGCAUGUGUGUCAGGAUACGGAGGACCUAUAAACUCAUUUCUCAGUUGGAAAUUUUUCAUUCCGUUGAGUCGUUUGACAUUCUGUGCAUAUCUUAUUCAUCCAAUCGUAAUUACGUAUAUGUAUGCUUCGAGAGAGAUUGAGAUACAUUUCGCACUCAACAUUAUGAUCUACUAUUUUCUGGCUGCAAUGCUGCUAUCCUACGGUCUUGCGUAUCUUCUGCAUCUGGUUAUAGAAGCACCUGUAGCUGGUAUUCAGAAAAUUAUUUUCCCAAGUAAAAAGCGACCUGAAAUCAAGUCGAUGAAAUUGGAAACAGAAGCGAACGACAAUGCAGUUGCUGUGGAGAAUGGAUUCGCAAAGGCAUCUCUACGUUCUCAAAAACAAGGGAUAGACAAUGGCAUUGUACUGAAAAAUACAUGUGAAAUUGACAAAUUGUAAAAUAUAAUUUGAUGUACAACUUUUGUGGUGGUAGAGUGAAUUUAAUUGAAAUUUUGCAAACCAUAUAUAAAGCAACUAUGAUGUAACUAACAAGAAUUGGAGAAUCCACAUUUUCUCAAUAAUAAUAUCAAGUUCUAAUAAAAACUUACUCAAAAGAAAAAUCAUAACUUGUCAAU